AUGCUCAGGGUUAGCAACACUCAGAUAAUUGACACGGAGUGCGGGGACGAUGACGAAGAUGACGAUGAGGAUGAUGGCGAUGACGAUGGCGUGGUCGACUUUCCAGCGCACCGAUCCCGCAGCAAUGACAUUCGCCGGAAUCAAUGUAUGGGAACGGAUCAACCCAUGCGAGCUGCAACCUUCCCACCGGAGCAACUCCCUCGUCAACGAAGCCCGUCGCCUCCCGAUAGCAUGUCAUUCCAGGCUCGUGAUGGCUUUGAACGCCAUGAGACUACCCUCUCAUCUCCUCGGCCAAUGUCCAAACGACAACGACGAAAUGCGUCUCCUUUACGUCCGCUGCCGUCGUUGGCGGUGAGCUGCCCCAGCCAUCACCAGUCAAUCAAUCAGCCCAUGCGUGCCGGCGCCAAAUCAAUAGCAGUGAACGGAAUAUCAACGAGGACAUCGACGCCGAGCUCCAGCCAUGGAUCGACGCAUGAUAGUCGGUGA